AUGCGCUCAGGUAAGAAACGCACUGCCGACCCAACCACCGAACCAACCACUGAUACAACUGUCAAGAGUGCUUCUAAAAAAGCCCGCAAAUCAAAAAAAACCACUCAGUCAGCUUCAAAACAAUCUAAAUCAAACCAAGAUAAUCAAGCUAGCCCACUGGGAGAUGAAGAAGAAUCACCCAUCCUCACGAACGAACAAGGUGCCAAUAAUCAUACCAGAGAUCUGAAUCAUAUUCAAGAUGAACAGAAUCGACUUCGAACCGAAGAUAAUCAACCUCGAACCGAAGAUAAUCAACCUCGAACCGAAGCUCGCCCUAAUCCUUCUUCAAACCAAGCCCGCUCAACCCAAUCAGCUUUCACCUCAUGCUUCCCAUCCCUCACCCCUCUCACAUACGAGCAACAAUUAGAAAACUGGACGAUUGCUGACCUCCGUCAAGCUAUAGCUGAUCAAAAAAAGAACAAAUCUCAUAAUCGAACUCGAGCUCAUCAAGAUAUUCAGAACCUCAUCAAAAUCAUCCGAAUAGGUUAUGAAAAGAGGAUAUUGAUGGCUGCGCUAAUGGGUGGGGUUUCAGAGGCUGUCAUAUGGGACUUAGUAAAUGUGGCUCCCAAGACUGUUGGACCCAACCGAUAUAGUAGAUUUCUAGCAUUUGGAAAAGAAGCGCUCAAAGAGAAACUCCCACCACGCAGUGACCGUACUGGCUGGAAGACUCGUAAUCAGAAACUUAGUGAUUUAUGGGACGAUAUGAGCAAAGAUGAAAAAAAUAUAUUUGAAGACCCGUACUUCUUUGCGCUAGAAAAGCUUCCUGAUUUGUCCAAGCAGCCAGCCGAUACCAACAGCUACGGCGAGGAGGAGAUCGAAGAAGAUCAAGCCGCUCAAGUCUUGGCUCCUCAGGUUCACCAACUUUCAGAAGACGAGAGACAGAAAUACCAGCCCCUUUUCGAUAAACUUGUUGAUGUCCAAAAAGUUCACACGACUCAUGGAGAGCCAACAUCAUCCGACUCAGUUUCUACAUUACAGCUGAAAUCAUUAGCAGCAUUUCGUAAAGCGCAUCACUCAUUUGCAGUUGAAUGUCAAAGGUUUCAUAUCAACUAUUAUUUGACAGCGGCUAGUUGCGAUAGUCAAGAUGGAUGGUCUGAGGUGGCAUGUACGAAUGCAAAGUUUGCAGACUGGGCACUCGAUGUCUUGAAGGUACCUGAGAAGUUCAAGGUCUACGUCCAUGGUCUAGCAGCCGCCAUGGAAAGAGAAAAUAAAAAACCACAACCCACAGAUGCAAGACGGGGUCUGCUCACUCAAAAGCUGAACAAUUUAAUGAUUAUGCCUGGGCAAAAAUUUCCAAAAGUACCGGAUCCAGCGAGCAAAUUUUUGGAAAAAGGUUGGCCUGUCCAAAUUGUUCGCGAUGAGGCAAAAUCAACCCUCCAGGGAUUUCAGCUACUUCGUGGUUUUAGAGGAUGUGAUGAUCGAAUGAAGCAAAGUUGGCUAAGCGAUAUUGAUAAUGGUUAUUUCAAACUUCAAAAGAUACCGGAAAGUGAGAUGUUACCCCGGUCAACAAAAUCUAAGAAGCCAUCUAAGAAGCGUCCAAAGAAAUCAAACAACAAACAACAAUCCACCUCGUCUACACUCAAUUCAACUGCCACUGAUUUAAAUUUAAACAAAGAUACUACUUCUUCCCUUGGAACAGCAGACAACAAGAAGAAGAAACAUCAGCAGAAGAAAAAUAAAAGGAAACACAACAUUGAUGACGAAGAAGAAAUGGAGACUGAGACUGAGACCGAUGAAGAAGGCAAGGAAGAAGGUGAUUCAUCCGAGUCAACAUCUGGAACAAGUAGUGAUGAAGAUAGCAGUGCUGAAGAGUAG